CUAGAGUAGUCACGACAAAAACAUUGGAGUGGAAGCUGGGACGUGGAAGUUGUUCCUUACUUUUUAUUUGUCUUGCGGUUUCGGGGUUGUUUUUAAGUCUAAAAACCAUUAUGUGAAGAAGGCAUUAUCAUGUGGCGCCUGCUGAGUUCGUUAACUAGAGGUUUUAGAUCUGUCCGUCCCACUCAUUGUUGUUCUCAAGAGGGUCCAGAUGACAAAUCCGGAAAGCAGUUUGAUUUUCAAUGCCAGCUGCUGUUCACGAGACGUCCCUGCCACACAUCUCAGCAGACUCAACAGCAUGACCACAGAGGAAAUGAUGGGGCAAAGUACUUUAGACACAGUUCAGAGUCAUCUGGCAAGUUAGAAACAUGGAAAACUCUUCCAACAUUACAGAAAAAGAGAGGCCAUGGUGACUGGGUCUUCUGCAAUGUGGAUUUUAAGGAAAAACAGAGCAAGUGGGGAAGGUCCUGCCGAUGGAAAAGCAGAGAAAGGUUUUUGUGGACGCACUCGAUACUCCAAGGGUUCGGAUGGGGUUCAGUUGUGGCCUUGACUUAUUCACUGUAUCAAGGUUGGGAUGAUCUACAAAGAGAGAAAGAGGCAAGGAAAUCUAUCUAUAAGUGGUACAAUGAGAGGAAUAAAUUUCCUAAUGAUUAUCAGAAAGAAAAUAGCUGGAAAAAUUGUGAAGGCAGCCAGCCCUGGAAUAAUAGCUUUGUCAAGAACCAUAUAUACCAAUGGUGGUUCCAGAAUGGGCAUCAGUAUCCCUAUAUCACCUCUGUAGAAUCUGAUUACCAACAUAGGCACCUGACUGUUUACCCUCAAGAACUGUCAAAAUCACUUUUUAGUGCUCUUUGGAAUCUAGCAGUUGUUCAAAAAGAUUUUAAUUUUGCAUUGAAGAGGAAUGUUAGAGAUGAAGGACACCAAAAGAAUGACCAUCAGUCCUUUGAUGAUGGCCUUCUUGAAGAUAUAAAUGGAACCAAGACAUUAUCACCUGUAGAUGUGGUGCACAAGCCAAAUCCAGAAGAGACUGAAAGCAAAUUGUACACUGUAGAACAUACUUUUGAUGCACAAGGAAGUAUAACUGAAUGUGAUGCUUCCUACAAGCUUGAGAAUGAACUUCCAAUAGAAGAACCAGUCAAAGUCUUUGAUAUUAAGGAGGCUGGAGGGAAACCGUACCAUGAAGAUAGCAAAGUCACUCAAGAUAAUUUCAGCAGUGAUAGUGGUCACAGUUCAGGGACAAAUAGGCCAAGUGUUAAGCAGGAGAAUAAACAGGAUGAUAAUGAAGAUUUUGAUGAUGACUUGAAAAAGAUUUUGAAUGCAGGUAUUGAAGACAUCAGAAUGCUUCAGGGGGAGCUCAAAAGUGCGAUAGCAGAGGAUUUUGCUCGGAGCAGUGAGAGCUCCAGCCCAGGAUCAGCCCUUGUGUAUUUCCAAGUGGGGACAAUGCUUGGUGAUCCAAAUUCGACAUUCAACCUGGCCCUCUGUCAUCACUUUGGACGAGGUGUCAAGCAGGACAUGAGGAAGGCCCGCAACCUGUAUGAGGCUGCAAGCAGGAAAGGUCAUGGAGAAGCAACCUUUAACUUGGCCAUUUUGGUCAGCCAGGGCCAGGGUGGAUCUGCUGAUCUAUCUCAGGCAAGGAGAUUACUAUCUCUGGCUGCUGAGAGAGGUGUCGAGGAAGCUCGUUUAGCUUUGCAGCAGAUAGAUGAGGAAGAAGAGAGUGAGGAUGAUGUGUAUGAAGGUGGACUGAGCAGGACCCAGUCUGAACCAACACUCUCGUCUGUUCCAUCAAGCAACUGGUCAUCUUCAUAUUCAACCACAGAUCUUGACAUACUGGAAGAUUCGUUAGGCUUUGUGUCCACAGAGAUUAAUGCCCGAACGAGGCCUGUGUUCCACCUAACAUGAAUGGGUCUUGUACUUUAUUAGGGUGAGUAACUGCAAGAAUUGGAAGGCUAUUAAAUUUUGGAGAAAGAAAGCUAGUCAAAUUUUGAUUUUAUGCAUCAGAUUUUUUCCUCUAUAUAGCCUGGUUUCAAUUAGUUAUAAAAUGCAGAUAUAAUUAUCAAAAAGCAAGCUCAAUGUGAUGAUCUGGGAGUUAUAUCUUUCAAAUUGAAAUAAGUAAUAACAGUUCUUUUGUAAAUUUUGUUACAAAAUUUUAUUCAAUUAUUGAAUAAAGUGAUAUGAAAGUAAGUAGGUUGGCAAUUUUUUACUGAUAAAUUUUUACACUAAUUUCUAUGUUACCUAAAGGUAUUGAAAAUAUUGUUAUCAUACUAUAUAUAUAUAUCACUGAAAAUUCAUGUAUUUUUGCUCUCUUGACAUUUUUUUCAAGCAAGGGAGGAUGCUACAAAUAUAUUUCUGAUCUUGUAGGUGAUGCUAAAGCUAAUUACCCUGAAUGGUGUAUUGAAAAUUAUAUUGUGAAUGUAACCUGAUUUUUUGUUCAUAGAAAAUUGAUAAUUCUUUGUUUAUUGAUUUCCAUGCUAAAUUAUUUAUAUUUAUGCAAACAAGCAUUGUGAUAUUAUAUAGUAAUUUGUAUUUAACUAACUUAUGCAAACCAUUGGGAAUCAACAUGAUGAUUUAUAACUGAUUUACAAAAAAGUGAUGCACAACGCAGGUGCAGCCUUCUGUGUGGUAAAAUAGCAACUAAUUAAUUUAAUGACACAAUCCUCUAGUACGUUGUCUUUGAAAACUAUGCUCAAAAAAGAAUAUAUAUAAUUUCUUGCAACGAUUUAUCAUAUUUAUAUAUGCAUGAUAUUCAUUGUUUUGAUUUCUUAAUGAUUUGGAUAAUAUAUCAGUGGGAAGCAUGAGUCCAGUGAGUGUUUAAUAUUUAUAUAUGUUUGAUAUUAAUGGAUUUGUUAUUUAUUUUUUAUACAAAUUAAUUUGUCACUUCAGUGUUUAUUGCAUAGAUAUUAAUGAUUUAAGAUUGAAAUCAAUCAUUAAUUAUUAAAUAGAAAAAUUAGAAUAAUAAGAAUAUUUUUUGAGGUGAGUUGCUUGGUAGGAUUAAAUAUAUAUCAAGGAAUCUUACUAUAGUGAUCUGGACUAAGGCUAAAGGUCUUCAUAAUGUAUGCAGAUUCUUUACUCUGCCACUAUUACUUGCAUUUAUGUGUUCAAAGCUUUGCAGUUGGAGAAUAUGUAUCUCAUUCUUCAAGUUAUGUUUAGUACAUUACAGUUAAAUGUUUCACUUUCACACCUACAUUUUCUCCCAUGUAUCUUAAGCACUCCCUAAUUCUUUCUCUCAAAUAUAUUUUUAACAUCUCAUACUUCAUAUCUUACAUUGUGUUUGUCCACUAUUCAUGCUUAUUCUUAUACCCACCUCAGUGAAUUUAUUCUAUAGUAGUGUUGACUGCAUAUCUCCUCUCUCUUCUUUUUGUGUCCCCUAGAACUUCACAUUUUUAUAGUCACUUUUUCACACUGUAAGCCUUUUUCUUUUACUCUACAUUAAGUUUAUUAGCAUAACUGAAGUUAGAAUGUUAUACCUUGUACUUUGGUUUCUAGUAGAGAAAGGGGGUCUACCAUAGCUUGCAUAGUUCUCCAAGACUUGUGUCUUAUUGUAUGACAGCAUUUUGUACUGUAUUUUCUCAUAUCCUUGGUUUGUUGUGUAGGUAGGGAAUGAGAUAGACAGUACUGAGUUAAGUUUAGUUUCACACUAACAGGACGGCUUAUAAUGAAGCGAUUCAGUACUGUUAUUUGUUUAGAUGUCACAUAUCAAAUGUAAGAAUGGUAUAGGAGAGUUAUCAGUGGCUGUCAUUUUUUCCUCUCUUUCUCUCCAUAGGGCAGAACUAAAAGAUAAUUUGAGGAAUUUCUGCUUGUUAAAGUCAUGGAAAAAGGACAGAAUAUGUGGCACAAAUCCUGAAUGAUGUACGUUUUCCUGAACUGUUGUUUUUUUCCCAGUGAAAUUUGGUUGUAACAAAAAUGUUUUUCCAAAGCAAAGUUGUGAACAGUCAUAUUAUUGUAUAGGAAUGUUAUAAUUAAAUGACAUUUACCAAUUGGUUCUACCUAAGUAAUAUAUGCUUCAUUGUUACAGUAAUUAGACUGUAGGUUGACAUGAAGUAGGUGAUUUUAAUCACCUAGAUUUUAUAUUUUUAUGAGUACAAAUGUAAAUAAGAUGAUAAUAAAUAUCUUCUCAUUA